AUGGACAACGUUUCGGUUUCGUCGGGGUCCUCGUCCGCUGACGGCGACGAACUGUCGGCCGUGCUCAACCGCCGGCAGAAGAUCAACGAGGCGCUGGAGGACGGCAAACCGGUGCCGCCACAGUUCAACAGGCGGCCGUCCACUAAAAAUGUGUUCCUCGAGUUUAAAGAGUUCUCGCGCAAGCAGAUAAACGAAUACGAGGCGACGUUCAAAAAAUUCGAUACCGGUAAAGAUGGAUACUUAGACUUGGGAGAGUUGAAACGGAUGAUGGAAAAGUUGGGUGUUCCGCAAACUCACUUGGCUCUCAAAGCCAUGAUCAAAGAAGUCGACGAAGACUGUGACGACAAGAUAAGUUUUCGAGAAUUUUUGCUGAUCUACCGCAAAGCGUACGACGGUUCGUUGCCCCUGGACUGCGGCCUCAACGAGCUGGCCCGACUGACGGAAAUCAACGUUGACGAAGUCGGCGUGAUCGGCGCCAAAGAGUUUUUCGAGGCCAAGAUCGAGUAUCAAGGAAUAGCGAACCGGUUCGAGUACGAACUACGACAGGAGAUCGAAGAGAAGAAACGGUCAGAGGACGAGAUGUCCAAACGGAAAAUUGCGUUCAAGGAGAAGACUGCUAUUUUUCAAUAACUCCUUCGGGAAAACCACUCCUCCCCCACCCAUUCAAUUUCCUAUUUAACUACCCUCACGGCGACGAUUGUGUAUGAUACCUAACCUAUAAUAUUAUUAUUAUUAUGUAUAAUAUAUUUUUGAUGUGAAGGUUUUACCCUAAAAAUUAAUUUUUAUAAACAUCAUUAUUUAUUAUUUAAAAACUCACAUUACCUACCUACCUAUAUUAUAAUUUAAACAUUAAGAACAUCGAUUAUUCUCCGUAAUCGUUUAGGAAAAUUGUUAAUUUUUUUUAUUAUUAUAUUUCUGUCGUAAUAUUAUUGUAUAAUUUUGUUUUGUAAAUGUUUCUUUAUACGAUUUACGCCUAUAACUGAAUUUUAAUAAAAAUGUAAAAUAUGUAAGUAUAACCUGCAA